GGGAGACUCUCACUCUGCGGAAGACAGACGAGGAACCCUGAGGAGCCCUGAAGAACAUUGAAGAAGCUUUACAGAACCUCCAAAGAACCUCGAACAUGCCAACGACCACGAGAAUCCUCCCUGUGAGCAGAAAGACAGGCAGGAGGACCAAGGCUGGGAACAAACUCUCUGAGAAACCACCACUUUAUGAUGCCAACAUCCCAGAGCCUGCAUGCAGAGCAGAACUCCUCAAAUAUUGGGUCAGUCUUUCUAUGGAUGAGCGGACAGCCAAUAAGCUCCUGUGGCUGACAGAGGGUGGGGCAAAAGUCUCACGGAUGAAUGACGAGGUGUGUCCUUACCUGGACAGACCGGAGCGAUAUGAACACUCUCCUCAGGUGCUGUGUAAGGAGGUGCUGUGGGGGUCUCGGGGUUACUGGGAGGUGGAGUAUUCGGGCUGGGUGAUGAUCGGGGUGGCAUACGAAAGCGAGGGCAGGAGGAACAGCGAUGGCCCCUGCGGUUUUGGAGAGAAUGAGGGGUCAUGGAGUUUGGGCUGGGUUGGGUCGUCUUACCACGCCUGGCACAAAGGAGUUAACCAGGAGCUGCAGGUUCCUCAGUGCUCCUCCAUCGGCGUGUAUCUAGACCAGCCUGCUGGGCUACUCUGCUUCUACACUGUGGAGAGGAGCAGUGCUGGGAAGAAGGAGGUCAAACUGUUGCACAGAGUCAAAAACCCCAUCAAAGAGAAAACCCUGCCUGGAUUUUGGGUGGGAAGGCAGUCAUCCUGUAGGCUUCUUCCCAAAGAGGAGUGA